AUGAGGAUGCAUCCUGCUACUGUUACUAUCACCUGCCAAUCAAAACAAAUCCUCACGUGUCAUAUCACCAUUCCUGGAGGCCACGACUUCUAUCUCACAGCAGUAUAUGCCUCAAAUUCAAAUGCCGAAAGGACUGACCUAUGGUGUGAACUCAUCCGAAUGCAACACUCCUUCUCCCUCGAUACGUGUCCAUGGGUUGUAUGCGGGGACUUCAAUCAAAUCAUGCACCCCUCGGAGCACUCAGAUCCUAUGAUCACCCACUUCACUUCCGAUAUGUUAGUAAUGAGGGACUGUAUGAGACAGCUGGAGUUAUUCGAUCUCCGUUAUCAAGGCUCCUCCUUCACUUGGUCAAACCGACAACCAGCUGAUCCCCGUUCCAAGAAACUUGACAGGCUCCUGGUUAAUAACCACUGGCUUGCUCAUUACCGUAACAGUGCUGCUACCUUCUUAGCCCCCGACUUCUCAGACCAUACCCCUUGCCACUUAAACUUAGAUUCCCCUCUUCCCCUCGCAGGAACUAAACCUUUCAAAUUCUUUAACAAUCUCACCACACACCCAUCCUUUCUCCCUUUAGUCGAAGCUUCUUGGAUUCAAGCCGGAACGUCACUGCAUCAGGAGACGGGGUUGUCAGUCUUAAGUGCGAAACAAAAGAUUCUAAAACGAGAGCUGUUAAAACUAAAUAACUGGUGUUCUUUGGGAAAUAUGUCAACUUACCUGGAAGGAGAAAGCCCUCGGCAAGUCGGGAUUCCAAGAGAUGCGACGCUGGCUUCACUCUGGAGAAGCGGCUCGUGGCACCUUCCCCCGGCAAGAUCUGAGCGUCAAGUCACCUUCCAAUUGCAGCUCUCACUCUUGACAAUCUCGCCUGAGACAUAUGACAGGCAUAAUACAGGAAGUAUCUACUCGGCAAUCACUGACCAACACCCCUCAGUACCUUGGCACAAAAUCGUCUGGUUCUCGCGAAGAAUCCCCAAGCACAGCUUCCUCACUUGGCUUUUUGUUCUUAAUCGUAGCCCAACAAGAGAUCGCAUGAGGGAGUGGGGACUACCUAUUGACCUAGUCUGCGUUCUUUGCAACUCUGUAGCUGAAUCCCGUGAUCAUCUCUUCUUCGACUGCCCGUACAGCUGGGAGAUCUGGAACUCGAUCAGUCAUCAUUGCUCUCACGCCCGUAUCGUGCAUGGUCUGACUCGCUGGAGGACCUCUGCACGUUAA